AGCCCCCCCCUUAAAAUGGCACUCAGCGCCUACCUUCCCAAGUCGGUGCUCAAAUGCCUAGUUGUGAACUACGCCGUCAAACUGACCCCUUCAAACGUGACAACACAUUUCAGUACAGCGAAAAUCCCAGAGAGCUUAAAAGCGUUGUAUGAGAAGAAAGUCGAACAAAUGGAAUUGCGAAAGAAAAAGUUGGACGAAAAAAAAAAAAAAUGGAUAAGGUUCAAAUUUCGAAGGCACGAAAAAAUAAAUUCAAGUCUUCCAAGGGGCAGCACAACGUAUUUUAGGGAGGUCACCAGAAAUUAUGCAAUUCAAGCGAUCAUUCAAGCGAUCGGGGAGCAGGAGAAGAUAGGCGUUGCUACCCCGGCGGGA